CCGAUUACUCCGGAAGUGAAGACUCCUAAGCUCCUCCGCCGGCGGAGGGCCAGGUUGAAGGGAUGGCCGGGCGGACGGCGCGGCUGGUGCUGCUAGCUGGGGCAGCCGCGCUAGCAAGCGGCUCCCAGGGCGACCGCGAACCGGUGUACCGCGACUGCGUGCACCGGUGCGAGGAGCGGAACUGCUCGGGGGGCGCACUGAGGCACUUCCGCUCCCGCCAGCCAAUCUACAUGAGUCUAGCAGGCUGGACCUGUCAGGACGACUGUAAGUAUGAGUGUAUGUGGGUCACUGUUGGCCUCUACCUCAAGGAAGGUCACAAAGUGCCUCAGUUCCAUGGCAAGUGGCCCUUCUCCCGGUUCCUGUUCUUCCAAGAGCCAGCUUCUGCCAUGGCCUCUUUCCUCAACGGUUUGGCCAGCCUGGUGAUGCUCUGCCGCUACCACACGUCCGUGCCAGCCUCCUCCCCCAUGUACCCCACCUGCGUGGCCUUCGCCUGGGUCUCCCUCAAUGCUUGGUUCUGGUCCACAGUCUUCCACACCAAGGACACCGACCUCACAGAGAAAAUGGAUUACUUCUGUGCCUCCACCGUCAUCCUGCACUCCAUCUAUCUGUGCUGUGUCAGGACUGUGGGGCUGCAGCACCCGGCCGUGGCCAGCGCCUUCCGGGCCCUCUUGCUGCUGAUGCUGACCGCGCACGUCUCCUACCUGAGCCUCGUCCGUUUCGACUAUGGCUACAACCUGGCGGCCAAUGUGGCUAUUGGCCUGGUGAACGUGGUGUGGUGGCUGGCCUGGUGCCUGCGGAACCGGCGGAGGCUGCCGCACGUGCGCAAGUGCAUGGUAGUGGUCCUGCUGCUACAGGGCCUGUCCCUGCUUGAACUGCUCGACUUCCCGCCUUUCUUCUGGGUCCUGGAUGCCCAUGCCAUCUGGCACAUCAGCACCAUCCCCGUCCACGUCCUCUUCUUCAGCUUUCUGGAAGAUGACAGCCUGUAUCUGCUGAAGGAAUCGGAGGCCAAGUUCAAGCUGGACUGAAGGCCCUGGGAGCAGUCUGCCCCACUGGGGAGCCUGCCCUCUCCCUGCUGGCUCCCCUUCUCCCCAUAAUCCUUGAGAUGAUUUUUUCCUUUUAACAUCUUGAACUUGGACAUGAAGGGUAUGGGCCCAGAAUCAUGUAACUGCCCAUCCCCUUGCUCGCCCCCACAUGGCCCUCACAGGUCUCGGAGUCUGUUCAGGCUUGGCCUGUCAGCAUCUCGGGUCGGAGAAAGGUUCCUGGAGAACUGACGUGGAACUGCGUUCUUAGCUCCACUGAGAGGAGAGCUGCCUCUGCCUCUCCAUCAGCCUCUUCCCCACAGCCCCUCACCGCCUGGGUGGUUCCCACAGCUGUCUGUCCAGCUGGGAGACCAGGUUCCACAGGCCUUUGGGGACACAGUGGGGCCCCUUCCAUUACCCCCUGCCCUCCUUCAGGGCACCACUAGGUGGCACUAGACUCUUGCUCUUUGGCUGCCCAAGUUCCAAGGCAGGUCUCCUCCCCUUGGGAUCUUGACGAACCAAGCUGCUGGGAUUGGGCAGUGGUCUCACCAGGACUGUUGUCUCAGCCAGAUCC